GUGACCACCGGUGACCCCUCUGUCCCCGUUUCUCCUCAGUUCGUUCCGUCCCUCCGGCCGUUCCUCCAGACUUUGGCCAUCGGCCUCGUGUCCUUCGGCGAGAAUUACCGGAACCGCGACCCCGGCAUCGGGGUGGCUGCGGGGUCGCUGUUCACGAGCGGGAAGUUCGCGCUGGACCCGGAGCUGCGCGGGGCCGAAUUCGAGCGCCUGACCCAAAAUCUGGACGUGCAUUUUUGGAAAAGCUUCUGGAACCUCACGGAAACCGAGCUGCUGGCGUCCGUGGCCUCGCUGACAGCCGUGCAGGUGGGGCUGUGCCGAGCCCUGGGGGGAUUUUGGG